UAGCUAGUGCUAGAACAUUUGUUGCGAAGGUGUUAGGCGAUUUUGCUACUUACAAGGUUUUGUUGCCUCUUGCUCUUUACAAGGUGUCAGGUGGCUUGUUUUACGUCUAUAAAGGUGUGAGUGACUUUUUUUUACUUCGAUCAAAACGUUAG